GUCCACUUAUUUACCAAACCAUCAACGAAGAAGCCCACUUGUACAUAUGCGACUUCAGCUAGGAAGGUACCUCCGUCAUGUAUCAAAGCUGCUAGCAGUGCAACUGCACCUCAGCACUCUAAUUGAUAAGUUCAUCACGAGUACCUAGCAACUACCUUCAACCUCCUCCCAAUCAGCUUCCAUUCUCCAUCCCUCUUCGCUCUAGAACUCUCGAAUUGUAUAUACAACCACCAUCGUGCUGGGAGCCUAUCGAACAUAACCAAACAUUACAGAUACAAAGGGUCGAAGGCAACGGAUAGUACAUAAUGUCGGGAGCUGGAGACCGCGAGGCUGUCUUCCCGACGAGACAGUCGUUGGGUAUCAUGAAGUCGAAGCUCAAGGGAGCUGAGACGGGUCACAGUUUACUGAAGAGGAAGAGCGAGGCCCUUACCAAACGUUUCCGAGAAAUCACCCGCCGGAUCGACGAAGCGAAGCGCAAGAUGGGUCGGGUCAUGCAAAUCGCCGCCUUCUCUCUAGCUGAAGUUUCGUACGCCGUAGGAGGCGACAUCGGCUACCAAGUGCAAGAAUCCGCCCGAUCGGCGCGCUUCCGGCUGCGCACCAAACAAGACAAUGUCUCCGGUGUGCUUCUCCCCGCUUUCGAGAGCUACCUGACGGAGGGCAACAACGACUUCGGCCUCACUGGUCUGGGAAAGGGUGGACAGCAGGUUCAGCGGUGCAGAGAGACUUAUGCUCGCGCGGUGGAGACGCUGGUUGAGCUAGCUAGUCUGCAGACCGCAUUCGUGAUUUUGGACGAGGUGAUUAAGGUUGUGAACCGAAGAGUAAACGCAAUCGAACACGUGAUUAUCCCCAGGACAGAAAACACUAUUAAAUACAUCAACUCAGAGCUUGACGAGCUAGACCGAGAGGAGUUCUACAGGUUGAAGAAGGUGGCCGGCAAGAAGCAACGUGAUACUGCUGCGGCAGACGCAGAGAUGAAGGCGAAGAAGGAGGCGCAAGAAAAGGAAGGGCAAAAGGACGUUCAGCCAGAUGACUCGGCGCCGGCUGAUUUGCUAGCUACUAAUGAGGACGACGAUGUCAUUUUCUAGAAUGAAGUUGUGGGGAACUAAGUACGGCUUAUUCAGACGAGUGAAUGGGAGGUGGUUAGCCGGGGCUUGAACUGCAUUAUCCGCUGGGUUCAUCGGCUUGUCGUUAUUGUGUAUCUGUACCCCUAUUGUGAUACCAAGAAGUUGAAAUGGCUUUGGAUUCCUCUACUUUCUAGUCUAGGCACAGGAGCAAAUUAAAGAAACAUGAAUAUAUAUCAUAAGCAAA